CACCCCACCCUGUGAUCUGUGGAUCACUGAGCCAGGUCUCGCUUGGGCACCAAUGGGAGGCGGUGGGCGAAGGAAGGGUUUCCUUUCCAUCUCCCCACAGGCCUGCAGGCGGGAUGAGACAGGGCUGCGGGUCCCAGGUGCGGGGGAGGAGACGCCGGCCCGCUCCACCCGGAGAGGAGGCGGCUGCGGCACGGGAGCCGCCCCUCCCGCCUCCGAGAACAAACAGGACAUUCAGCAGUGGCCAGUGGCUGCCAGCAACUCCUUUGGGAAAGGAAUCGUCGAGUCAGGCUGCACCGUAAUCGCCUUUAAAAGCUCCCGGACCCCUCCAGCCUCGCAUACCUGGGCUGCCCCGCGGCCGAGCGCGUGUGUGUCUCCAGUGAGCGCCGGGUGUGAGCCAGGGGCGCAGCCGGCCUGCGCUGCGCAGGGCGGGCGGCCCGGAGUGUCUCCACCGGCCAUGAGCGGCGCGGGCACCUGGGCUGUGCUCGGCCUGCUGCUGGCGGCCCAGCAGUCCGGGCAGCAGCCUCGGGAGAGAUCUGUUUUCACAUGUGGUGGUGUUCUUACUGGAGAGUCUGGAUUUAUUGGCAGCGAAGGUUUUCCUGGAGUGUACCCUCCAAAUAGCAAAUGCACUUGGAAAAUCACAGUUCCCAAGGGAAAAGUAGUAGUUCUCAAUUUCCGAUUCAUAGACCUCGAGAGUGACAACCUGUGCCGCUAUGACUUCGUGGAUGUGUACAAUGGCCACGGCAAUGGCCAGCGUAUUGGGCGCUUCUGUGGCACGUUCCGGCCUGGAGCCCUUGUGUCCAGUGGCAACAAGAUGAUGGUGCAGAUGAUUUCCGACGCCAACACUGCUGGGAAUGGUUUCAUGGCCAUGUUCUCUGCCGCUGAACCAAAUGAAAGAGGGGAUCAAUAUUGUGGAGGACGCCUUGAAAGACCUUCCGGCUCUUUUAAAACCCCCAACUGGCCAGACCGUGAUUACCCUGCAGGAGUCACUUGCUUAUGGCACAUUCUAGCCCCAAAGAAUCAGCUUAUAGAAUUAAAGUUUGAGAAGUUUGAUGUUGAGCGCGAUAACUACUGCCGAUAUGAUUAUGUGGCUGUGUUUAAUGGUGGAGAAGUCAACGACGCUAAAAGAAUUGGAAAGUAUUGUGGUGAUAGUCCACCCGUGCCAAUUG